AUGUCCGAGUCCCGUCCCUCGUCCCCCCACGACAGUUGGUCCUCCAUCUCCGACACCGUCUCUGACAGGAAGAAAGUCACCUUUGAGGAGGGAGAGCUUGGGGGUCUCGAUGGAGACGAGAGGACAUCGUCUCAAGCUGGAGAGGAGGAGGAGGAGGAGGCCAUCAGUCGCUGCCAUAUCUUUAUUGAGAACCCGGGGGAAUGCGUGGAGAUGAUGGAUGAUGACGGAGUUGUCGGCAACGAAUACUUCAUCCGUGUGAUGCUAUUCGAUAGCGCUAAUGCUGAUCAGCCUCGAAGUGUGGUCAUAAGGAACGAUGAAGUCGAUGGUCAACGACAGACUCCGUCCACUGGGUGCCUCGACUUCUCAGAGAGCGCAGCGAUUGAGCUCGUUAAGGGCCACGACUCGAAAGAAUCGUCAGAGAGAAUCAUUGGCCGCACUAUGAUUGGAAUCGAGGACUUAUCGGAGAUACAACUUUGCAGCUCCACAAACCUCCUCGUACGGGAGUUGUACGAUCCCACUUCUCUACGCAAGGUCGGCACCAUUGAUCUUCACUUCGUCAUCGUCACACAAAUGUCUGAAUACUAUCGAGACUCCCUCAGUGGACCAUUAAAGAGUGACCGCACUGGUUGUGAUGUGACGAUCAUUGGUCAUCGCGGCAUCGGCAGUGAUGAGCAGGGAUCCAGGAUUAGAGAGAACACACUACUCGCAUUCAAUCAGGCGGCCAAAUAUGGUGCCAACGCUGUUGAGUUCGACGUAUUCCUGACGUCGGACAAGCAACCCAUGGUUUAUCACGAUCUCCAAAUCACGGCUACCUACGGCCAGUCAGUGACACUGCCUAUCACAGCUCUGUCGAGGGAAGGCCUAACUACGAUGGACGAGAGCUCGAGAAGCCGAAAGGAGCGCCGCCAACAGCAGCACUCUCGGGCAGCACGAGGGAGCCUCGGAUCUGAGAAUCAUCCGAAGACCAGCCGCCGAGCGACAGCCUUCGUUACUUAUAACCGUUGCGAGAGUUCUCUCGGGCUGUUACGUGGGGGCUCGUCCAAUGAACUCGAUAAGCGCCCGGGCGUUGCCAACAUGCACGAUGGGUUGCCGACGCUGCGCUGUGUGCUAGAGGGGACACCGUCCACCUUGGGAGCUCUAGUAGAAAUCAAGUUCAUGUUCUCAUCGUUCGACCCCGAGCUCUGUGUGACGCUCAGACAGAAGCAGAGUCGCUUCCCUGUUAUAUUCAACGUUUGGUUUGGGUACGAGAACGAGCAUGAUAAUACUGAGGUUGACUUCACUGAUGUCCGCAAUGUGAACCCUUACGCUGCGAUCGAGUUCUGCGUUGCAACGAGACUGACCGGAAUUUGUGGUGAGGCUAGCUGGAUCAUGAAGAACGAUGAAUGGGCGAGAGAGUGUAAACAGAGAGGUUUGUCGCUGUAUACUUAUGGCGAGGAGAACAGCACAGUCGAAGGCGUUGAUACACAGAUAAGACGCUUAGGAGUUGAUGGCUGCAUUGUUGAUAAUAUUAAUCGCUUCAAAUCGAUCAAGGAUUCGUCAGAGGUCGAGGAAAAGGUUCUGUUAACAUUGGCGAAAGCGAGAAAGAAAUGGGCAGUGACUAAGCGACAAUCCAUGGCGUACUUCCCCGUGAUGCAUGAUGAAAAUUAA